GCAAUAUGGCGUCCAUGUGAUACCCUAAUUUUAAACGCAUUAGGAAAUCCCGACGAAUUUGCAGUAUACUGCAACAGGAACCGAUUUUAAUGCUGUUAUACGGUCCAUGGAACUAAUUACAACUGUAUAGCGGUUGCUGUGUACUGAAAUCUAACCAGGUAUCGGUGUGUUUGUUCAACUCGACUGUCACCAUAGACUGCAGUUUCAGUUUUGUUCCUUAUCCCAUUGAAGGAUGGCUGCCAAACCAACAUUCAAACCAGGAGAUAAAAUCUUUGCCAAAAUGAAAGGAUAUCCUCAUUGGCCUGCGAGGGUGAGUGUGAUUGAUGACAUCCAGGAAGGUGCUGUCAAACCACCAGCAAAUAAGUUUCCAAUAUUUUUUUAUGGAACUCAUGAAACAGCCUUCCUUUCAGCAAAGGAGUUAUUUCCGUACGCUAAAUUCAAAGAUAAGUUUGGAAAACCAAAUAAGAGGCGUGGCUUUAACGAAGGAUUAUGGGAAAUUGAAAAUAAGCCAAAUGUCAAGUUUGCGGGAACAUCAACAGAGUCUGAAGAAGCAGAAGAGGAGGAGGAAGGUGAAGAGGAGGAGGAGGAAGAGGAAAAUGAGAAGAAAGAGGAAGAAGAUGCUGAGGAAGAGGAAGAAGAUGAACCAGAGGAGGCAGAAGAAGAGAAGGAUGAGAGUAGUAGUGAAGAUGAAAAACUAGUAAUUGAUGAAGCACCCAAAAAAAAGGGGAAACCUAGAAAACCAGCUCAGAAAAAGAAACCAGCAAGAAAACGAAAACCUUUCUCGCGCAAACCUAAGGUUUGAAUCAUUUAUUAAAUACUUAAUUAUGUAUUCAACGACAGAAAAUAUAUUUUUACUGUGCGACCAGAAAUUUUUGUUUUUUAUCACUACAUAUUAAAAACCACAGUAUGCUCGAUGUUUUUCAUAAUAAAUGUUUAUGACAAUUGAUCAAAAA